AAGAAGAAACUAGGGCCGGAAAAGAAGGAAGGCCCCACUUCACUCUUCAUUCUGAGUGAAACCAAUUUCAUUCGACGGGCAACCAAAUUCCUUAUCGAAUGGCCGCCUUUUGAGUACACCGUCCUCCUCACCAUCAUUGCCAAUUGCGUUGUUCUGGCUGUGGAAAAGCCUCUUCCCAAUGGAGACAAGACUGAAUUGGCCAGACAACUGGAAGCCACCGAGUCGUACUUCUUGGGUAUUUUUACCGUGGAAACGAGCCUGAAAAUCUUAGCCCAAGGUUUUGUUCUCCAUCCGGGGAGUUACUUGAGAAAUAUGUGGAACAUUAUGGACUUCGUGGUAGUCGUUACAGGAUAUAUCACUAUCCUUACCCCGGAGGAUCCAACCAUGGCCGAAGAAGAGGAAGAUGAUGCCAGUGGUGUGGAUCUGAGAACAUUGAGAGCCAUUCGGGUUUUGAGACCUCUCAAGUUAGUGUCAGGGGUGCCAAGCUUGCAAGUUGUUUUGAAGUCCAUAUUUAAGGCGCUGGCGCCUUUGAUGCAAAUUGGGUUACUGGUCAUGUUCGCCAUUUUGAUAUUUGCCAUUAUUGGCUUGGAGUUUUACUCAGGAGCUCUUCACAAGACGUGUUAUAGCAUCGAGGACUUGGAUUCCAUGGUCAUGGAGGGGAGGAAGCAAGUCCCUUGCAAUGCAGACGGUCCAUCGGCUCCCCCCGGGAGCUUCAGCUGUGAUCCAGAGACAGCGAUCUGCCUCGAGAAAUGGGAGGGUCCAAACUACGGCAUUACCUCUUUUGAUAACAUCAUCUAUGCUAUGUUAACAGUGUUUCAGUGUGUCACCAUGGAGGGCUGGGUGCCCAUUCUAUAUUGGACCAACGAUGCCAUUGGUAGCUCCUUCAAUUGGGUCUACUUCGUACCUCUCAUUGUGAUUGGGUCAUUCUUCAUGUUGAAUCUCGUUCUGGGAGUUUUGAGCGGAGAGUUCAGUAAUGAGCGCACGCGAGUGGAGAGAAGAGAGACUUUCAGAAAGUUAAGAAUGAAGGAGAACUUCUCGAAAGCAUUUGAGGGCUAUUUUCAAUGGAUCAUCAGAGCAGAGGAAGUGAUCCUGAAUGAGGAUCGGACCACAGAGGAGGAACGCCGAUAUAUCAUGGAGGCUCGAAAGAGAGCUCUCCAAAAGAGAAAGAAAUUAAGAACCUUGGGAAAGAGCCGAAGCACCGACUCCGAGGACGAGGACGAAGAAGAAGAAGAACUGCUGAACAAGAAGAAGAAAGCUCCUGGUUUGGCAUUGAAGAAAAAGUUCAAGAAGAAUUCGGAUUUCUGGGUCUACGAGAAGAAAGCUCGCUUCUGGAUUCGCAAGACAGUGAAGAAGCAAUGGUUUUAUUGGUUUGUAAUUAUCCUGGUGUUACUGAACACGUGCUCGGUGGCCGUGGAACAUUACAACCAGCCUCACUGGCUCUCCGAGUUUCUUCAUACUACUGAGUUCGUGUUCCUGGGGCUAUUCAUCUUCGAGAUGUUUCUCCGCAUGUGGGCCCUGGGAUUGCGAAUCUACUUCGAGUCGUCGUUCAAUCGCUUCGAUUGUCUGGUUAUUUCGGGCAGCGUGUUCGAAGUGGUGUGGACUCAUUUCAAGCCCAAGGCCGGAUCCUUUGGCCUCUCUGUCCUUCGAGCCUUGAGACUUUUGAGAAUUUUUAAAGUGACAGUAUAUUGGUCUUCCUUGAGGAACUUGGUGGUCUCUUUGUUGAGCUCCAUGAAGUCCAUCAUCUCGCUGCUUCUGCUUUUGUUUCUUUUCAUUCUGAUCUUUGCCCUCUUGGGAAUGCAGCUCUUUGGAGGCACAUUCAACUUUCCAGAUGGAACACCACCCUCCAACUUUAACUCUUUUUCCAUUGCCAUGUUGACUGUGUUCCAAAUUCUCACCGGAGAGGAUUGGAACGAGGUCAUGUAUCACGGUAUUGAGUCCCAAGGUGGGGCUCAGGCUGGUCUCAUCUAUUCUUUGUACUUCAUCUUUCUGACCAUGUUUGGUAACUACACUCUUUUGAACGUGUUUUUGGCCAUUGCCGUGGACAGCUUGGGACAGGCUCAAGAGAUGACAGCCUUGCAAGAAAAAGAGAAGGAAGAUGAAGAGGCCAAGGAAGCGGCUUUAAGAGCGGCUUAUGGACCCAUCCCACCGGGCCCCAGAACAAGGGAUGGCCAUAAAAUGGAGAUUUCAGAGGAUGAACUGGCCAAGAUAAUUGCAGCUCAACGCGAAGAAGAAGAACGCCGGAAGGCUGAGGAAGCUGCGGCUGCGGCUGCCCGUGCUCUAACGGCUGAAGAAGAAGAAGAGCUUGCCAAUCGACCCCCACCCGUCCUGCCCUAUUCGUCCAUGUUCAUUUUUUCGUCCACGAAUAGCUUUCGCUGUGCUAUUCAUGCCGUCGUCACGUUUCCCCUCUUCGACGUAGUCAUCAUGCUGGUGAUCAUUGCCUCGUCCAUCGCUUUGGCUGCCGAAGACCCGGUCAACGCUGACAGUAAACGAAACAAGAAGCUCACCUACUUUGAUUAUGGGUUCACCUGUGUCUUUGGCAUUGAAGUCCUGUUAAAGAUUAUCGACUAUGGUGUGAUCUUACAUCCCGGAUCCUACCUUCGGGAGCUAUGGAAUGUCAUGGAUAUGCUAGUGGUGUCUUGCGCCAUCACCUCAUUUGCCAUGGACAUGCUUGGAAGUGCUGGUGGUGAGAAUCUGAGCACAAUGAAGUCCCUCCGAGUCCUGAGAGUAUUGCGUCCUUUGAAGACCAUCAAGCGUGUACCCAAACUCAAAGCAGUCUUCGAUUGCGUGAUCAACUCGUUAAAGAAUGUGUUCAAUAUCUUGGUGGUGUAUCUGUUGUUCCAUUUCAUUUUUGCCGUCAUCGCCGUGCAACUCUUCAACGGCAAGUUCUUCUAUUGUACCGAUGAAAGCAAGGAGGACGCGGAAGAAUGCCAGGGCGAAUACUUUGUGUAUACUGCAACUCUCGAGGGCCCUCCUUCAGUGACCCCGAGGCUUUGGCGAAGACAAAAGUUUCAUUACGACAAUGUUCCAACCGCCAUGCUCACUUUGUUUGCGGUCCAAACUACGGAAGGAUGGCCAGCUGUCCUUCAGCAAUCCAUGGCGGCUACUUUCGCUGACCAGGCGCCCAUUUCUCUUUUUCGGGUGGAAAUGUCCAUCUUCUACAUCGUCUACUUCAUUGUUUUCCCUUUCUUCUUUGUCAACAUCUUCGUGGCCUUAAUUAUCAUUACCUUUCAAGAGCAAGGAGAGUCCGAGUUGGAAGAAGCCGAGAUUGACAAAAAUCAAAAAUCCUGCAUCGACUUUGCUAUCAAUGCAACGCCUUUGGAAAGAUACAUGCCUGAAGAGCGGGUUGGAUUCAAAUAUCGUUUGUGGCGGAUUGUCGAAUCCACACCCUUUGAGUACUUCAUCAUGACCCUCAUCGUCUUGAACACCAUUCUGCUAAUGAUGAAGUACCAUGGUGCCCCACCUCUACUCACCGACAUUCUCAGCUACAUGAAUCUUACCUUCACCUUGUGUUUCUCGGUCGAAUGUGUUCUCAAACUCAUCUCGUAUGGUCCGACGAGCUACUUCAAGGAUUCCUGGAACAUUUUUGACUUUGUCACGGUUGUUGGCAGCAUCGUGGAUGCUCUUAUGGUUGAAUUUGCUAAAAACUUUAUCAAUGUUGGAUUUUUGCGUCUCUUUCGAGCUGCACGACUAGUAAAGCUGUUAAGGCAAGGCUACACGAUUCGGAUUCUCCUUUGGACGUUCGUCCAAUCCUUCAAAGCAUUGCCUUAUGUCAUCUUACUGAUUGCCAUGCUGUUCUUCAUCUAUGCCAUCAUUGGCAUGCAGGUAUUUGGUAACAUACAAUUCAACGCAGACACAGAGUACAACCGGCACGUCAACUUUCAAACCUUUGGUGCCGGACUGAUGGUCUUGUUUCGAUGCGCCACUGGAGAAGCCUGGCCGAGCAUCAUGUUGGCUUGUGAGGCGGGUAGCCCGUGCGAUCCAGCCUCCUACAAGGUCAAUGAAACUACGGGCAAGGUCAUCGAUCCAGAUAAGACCUGUGGAUCGCCGUUUUCGUACACCUACUUCGUGUCCUUCAUAUUCUUGUGCAGUUUUUUGAUGCUCAACUUGUUCGUGGCUGUCAUCAUGGACAACUUUGAUUAUCUCACCCGCGAUUCAUCCAUCCUUGGAGCACAUCAUUUGGACGAGUUUAUUCGAAUUUGGGCCGAAUACGAUCCGAGUGCAGAGGGACGGAUAUACUAUACGGAAAUGUAUGAUAUGCUGAAAAACAUGGAUCCACCUCUGGGAUUUGGGUCCAAGUGUCCAGAUCGUUUGGCAUUUAAGAAACUGAUCCGAAUGAAUCAACCCAUUGACGAUGAAGGAAUGGUUCAUUUUACCACCACGUUGUUUUCCCUGAUUCGCGAAAACUUGAGCAUCAAAAUGCGAGCGGCUGAGGAGAUGGAUCAAGCCGAUCUUGAGCUCAGGGCCACAAUCAUUAAAGUUUGGCCUUAUGAGGGCAAGGAAAAAAUUGACCUUCUUGUUCCUCCUCGAGAAGAAAUUGGACGGGGUCGUUUGACGGUCGGUAAGAUUUACGGCGGAUUACUCAUCCUGGAGAAUUGGAAAGCCACGAAAUUUGGCAAGAUCCCCAUCUCCGAUGCACAGAAAGGCUCGCUACUCCAACGAAUUAUGGGUCUAAGUAUACCUCACGUGAGAGAAGAUGAUCUGGCUGGGUUCUCCAAUGGUAGAAAAAAGGCUCCUCCAGUUGCCAAACCAGUAAUCAUGGACAAUGACUCUCUUCGAUCAUCCUAUAAUGAUUCCCCUAUUCAUUCACCUGAUGCCAAUGAAUACUUUGGGAAAUGGGAUAGCCGAACUCCAAGCCCUCGAACGCCCAUCAUGGAUGGGAUGCCAAUGCCAGGGCACAUGUUCAAUGCGAAAUGGAGGAACAGGAAUCAUGUUCCAUUGCCGCGAGAACAACCUCCAGUUCAAGAUAAUUGGUAUCGUGACGAUUGGUUCAACAAACAGGAGCAAUGGCAAAUGGACGACCCGUACGCAGCUCAGUCUCGAAGCUAUCAGUAUCAUCGAGAUGCGGAUGAUCGUCAAAUCACUCGGUUUAGGAGUCCCUCUCCGGAGCGUUCCAGGUGGACAAGUAGUCGUGAUCAAGUUCCUUGUCAAAACCGAUCUUUAGAUCGAGGAAUGGGUGGCUUCCAAGAAGGGGCAAAAGUGUCUUUCAAUCUCGAUCUUAACCGGGAAUUACCUCCUCCGCCCUCCCCUUUCGACAAUUUUGGGAAUCAGCAAUCCCAAGGGUUUUCUAGCCUCUCUUCGCGAGCCACGGCUGCGUUUCGGGCGGCCGCCGGAUUCUCCCGCAAUAGCAGUGGAAGACGGCUACCUCAGCCUCCACCCGAAGUUCAAAAGGCUAUGCCCAUGCCUCUUCCUGUCACCCCUCUUCCUCAAAAUAUCAAACCGGAGCGGUUGAGCACCAGAAACCGUCGUCUACCCAUGAUACCCUCUGAUCAUGUCAAUGGCGGGACCAUGGCUCACAAUCAUUCCGGAUACAACCAAUCCAUAACCAAUUCCAUCUUUGGCCUGGCGAAGAAACUCACCAAUAGCUCCAGAGACUCCAAUGGGAUUAACUCAAGGCAUAGAAUUAUGGACCAACAUGACCACAAUUUCUCUAUGGGACCAAACCAACUCAGAAACUCCACUUCCUUUAAUAACCAGUUUGGCGUUCGGAGUCGACCUGGCCGUGGCGCAAUACUGCCCACCGUGCCCACGGCUGAGGUCAUGCCGGGCAGGCGUACUCUGCCCGAUCGAGGGGUGGCUUUAGGGCGCUCACAAGAUGUGGAAGUAUUGCCCCCAUUGUCCAGAACGCCAUCUAUGCAACAUCACACGAUCCUGGAAGUGGGGCGUGGGGUGAGGAAGUUGCCUGUGCCUUUGGUUAAAACAAGCUCUCGAUCCAAUGGUGGUGGUCCUUUUGAACAUAUGAUUUUCAAUCGGAGUUUGGACGAGACUACCGAUAGUGCCAACCCAAUGUCUAGCGAGUGGACUUGACAUAUACUAUGUGUUAUGCUGAUUUAAUAUUGCUGUACCAAUCUCAGUGGAACGUUGGACUUGUUGCUUCCUAUGGAAGGGACCUAAAUGUGCUUGAUGUGCUUUGUAGUGUUUUUGAGAAGAACAACGAUAGCAAUAAUAAAGAGCACUAACCCGAUUGUUAUGAGUUAAAAAGGCCGAACAGUUGGAUGCAAUAACUUUAUUGGGAAUCUUAGGCAGCUGUGGUCAGUUGACAACAUUGAAGUCCAUGCCAUUUCUCGGUGCCGCAGUCGUCUUUAUAUCCAGAUCCGCAUCGACCAAAAGCAGCCUCAUCGCGACGAUUGCAUUGGAUCUUCUCGCCAUGGUAUCCAUAUAUCCAAUAGCACG